AUGAAAAAGUCUCCUGGAAAUGCCCAGAAAGCAGUAAAGAAUGGCGGAGGUACUCCUAGUAAUAGGAUGAAACAAGCAUCUUUGAUGUCAUUUUUCAAGCCUGCUGUUACCACUAAACAGCUGCCUCCCGUUGUUAAUGAAGUCAAAAAGGAAGAAAGCAUACCGGUGGAAACACUGAUGGAGCUGGAAAACCCAAUUAAAAGUACUCCGGUAAAAGGCUUAGAGAGUGAGAAAGAUAGUAUGAUGGAUAGGACCACAGACACGCCAUUAACGUCAGAGUCAGAGGGAGCAAUGCCUUGCGGUGAUGAAAAGAGGAAUGAUUGGCCAAAAUCUUCUCCGGUUUUAAAUAACAAUUUAGAGAAAGGCAGCAAUGCAAGCAACAGACCUGAUAACAACAGUGAUAAGAACGGCCAUGGUGACCCUACUCACGAUUCGAGUCCUCUAGUGAAAAGAGCAGCCAGAAGAUCGGUGAGAUACGUAGAGAGUGAAGACGAAGAUGGGGAUGAUGAUCUACAUCCUGGUCGUGAAAAGAGAAGAAAGGUGUCUACUAGCGAUGACGAGGAUGAUAAUUUUAGUCCCGCAGCUGAAGACGACGAAGAUGAUAAUGAUGACGAUGAUGAUGAUAAUAUGAGCGACUUCAUCGCUGAUGACAAUGAACCAAGUGAACCUGAAGCGGAAAACAGUGACUCCGAGGAAGAAGAGAGACCCCCCAAGAAAUCGAAAUCACGUAAUAGCUCAAGGAGUUCGGGCUCUUCACCAGAGUCAAAGGCAAUUAAAAGGGAACCUUCAAAUGGAGGCAUUUUAGCUGAAAAAUUUAAAGCGGGCUCCUCCUAUAAAUCUGCAGUCCAGUCUUCUAUCCCUACGGAAAGUAAGCCAAAACCAAAUGCUAUUGCAUCACCUAAACCGAAAAGUAAUUUUGCGAAAGAAAACGAAGAAAGAUAUCAAUGGCUUGUUAACGUUAAAGAUGCUGAAAAGAGGACGGUAGAUGACCCAAACUACGACCCGAGGACCUUGUAUAUCCCACAGUCUGCCUGGGGAAAAUUUACACCUUUUGAAAAACAAUAUUGGGAAAUUAAAAGUAAAUUAUGGGACACUGUAGUGUUUUUCAAAAAGGGCAAGUUUUAUGAACUAUAUGAAAACGAUGCUGCCAUUGCAAAUACAGAAUUCGACCUAAAGAUAGCUGGUGGCGGAAGAGCAAAUAUGAAAUUGGCAGGAAUACCCGAAAUGUCUUUUGAAUAUUGGGCAAAAGAAUUCAUUAGUCAUGGCCAUAAAGUUGCUAAGGUAGACCAGAAAGAGACACUUUUGGCGAAGGAAAUGAGGGAUGGUUCGACCAAAGAAGAGAAAAUUAUAAAGAGAGAAUUGACUGGUGUUUUAACAGGAGGAACUCUAACUGAUUUAAGCAUGAUCAAUGAUGAUAUGGCUAUAUAUUGCUUAAGUAUAAAGGAAGUGAUACUGGAAGAUGACAUCAAAACCUUUGGCGUCACCUUUGUCGAUACAGCCACUUCAGAAUUGAAUUUUAUAGAAUUUGCAGAUGACAAUGAGUGUACAAAGUUGGAGACAUUAGUGGCUCAAAUCAAGCCAAAAGAGGUUUUAUGUGAAAAAGGAAAUUUAUGUCCGAUCGCAGUCAAGAUCUUGAAGCAUAACGGGGCCACAAACAAUCAGAUUUGGAACAACUUGAAUCCGAUUUCUGAAUUUUGGGAUUAUGAAAUUACUUUAGAUAGCUUAGUCAAAAGUAAUUAUUAUGAGGCUGAAGAUUUGGAUGACUAUAGCAAUUUUCCUAAAAUUUUGGUUGACUUUAAAGAUAAUUUUAAAGUAGCCUUCAACGCUUUUGGUGGUUUGUUAUACUAUUUGAAAUCUUUAAUGCUCGAUGAACAAAUCAUGACUUUGGCGAACUUUAAUCGUUAUGAAAUAUCUAAAAAUGCUUCAACGCAUCUAAUUUUAGAUGGAAUAACCUUAAAUAAUUUAGAGAUUUUGAAUAAUUCUUCUGAUGGUGGUGACAAAGGAACUUUAUUGAAGUUGAUAAAUAGAGCGGUAACGCCUUUUGGGAAGCGAAUGUUGAAGAAAUGGGUUUUGCAUCCACUCAUGAAUGUGAAGGAGAUAAAUGACAGAUACGAUUCCGUCGAUUUCUUUACAAAUGGAGGCGUUGAUUUCAGGUUAAUAUUAGAAGAGGGAUUUCUUGGUCUUCCUGAUUUAGAAAGACUCUUGGCUAGAAUUCAUAGCAAGACUUUGAAGUUCAAGGAUUUUGUAAAAGUCAUUGAGAGUUUUGAAAAGAUAGCGGAGAUCAUUCAUAAGCUUAAAGGCUCUACAACGAAUAGUGCUGGAUCAUUACACAGAUAUAUGAAUAGCUUUCCUGAGGAGUUACACUCAUUAAAUGCCGAAUGGGAGGAUGCUUUUGAUAGAAGAGAGGCUCUUCAAGGGAUUGUAUCUCCUACAAAAGGGAUAGAUUCUCAAUUUGAUGAAUCACAGAGCAAGAUUGACUCUCUCGAACAAGAAUUAAAUGAGCAUCUUCGGGAAUACAAAAAGGAAUACAAGUCAAAUGAAAUAUGUUACAAGGACUCUGGGAAAGAGAUUUAUUUGAUUGAAGUGCCCAAUAAAUUGACGAAGAUCAUUCCUCAUUCCUGGCAACAAAUGGGAGCAACUGCAAAAGUUAAGAGAUAUUGGUCUCCGGAAGUUAGAACAUUGGUUAGGAAAUUGUUAGAACAGAAGGAGUUGCAUAAAAUGGUCUGUGAGACGUUGAAAUCAAGAAUGUAUGACAGAUUCGAUAAAAAUUAUAAUUUAUGGAUGAAAACAAUCAAGGCGAUUGCUAAUAUCGAUUGCUUGUUAGCUCUUACAAAGGCAUCUGAGUUGGUGGGGACUCCUUCUUGUAGACCACAGUUCAUGGAAAGUGAAAAGGCUGCGAUUGAUUUUAAGGAAUUGAGACAUCCUUGUUUCAUAGGAAGUAAGGAUUUUAUUCCUAACGAUGUUAUAUUGGGAGGUGAUAAGCCUGGCUUUGCUUUGUUGACAGGCGCUAAUGCUGCUGGAAAGUCCACCGUAAUGAGAACAACUGCUCUUGCAGUCAUUUUGAGCCAAAUUGGCUGUUAUGUUCCUGCUCAGAAUGCAACAUUGACACCAGUCGAUAAAAUUAUGACGCGUUUAGGAGCUAAUGACAAUAUUUUGCAAGGUAAAUCUACAUUCUUUGUCGAGCUCUCUGAAACCAAAAAGAUUUUAACUAAUGCGACGCCCGCUUCUCUUGUGAUUUUAGAUGAGCUUGGUAGAGGUGGAUCUUCAAGUGACGGGUAUGCUAUCGCUGAAUCAGUUCUCUAUCACUUGGCGACUCAUGUGCAGUCAUUAGGUUUCUUUGCAACUCACUAUGGCUCUCUAGGCUUGUCUUUCCAGAAUCAUCCCCAGAUAAGACCAUUGAGGAUGGCAAUAAUUGUUGACAAUCAUUCGAGGAAUAUAACUUUCCUUUACAGGUUAGAAGAAGGUACAGCGCCGGGUUCUUUUGGCAUGAAUGUUGCUUCUAUGUGCGGAAUAUCCAAUAAAAUCGUCGAAAGGGCCGAGAUAGCAGCUAAGGAGUAUGAACAAACUUCGAAAUUAAAAAGAGCAAGUGAAAACAGUGAAGCUAACAAGCUCAGUUUAGGGGUACAAAGUGAUUUCAGUUGGAUAGUAAACGGAAAAUUUGCAUCACUUUCGGAGGACAUAUUGAAGUUCGACGAGAAUGUGAAGAAACACUCUUUACAAAACAUCUUUGAUAUCAUAGCAGGUUUAUAG